UGUAAUGAACAACUGGACAAUUUAGUCGAAAAAAUAUGGCAUUCUCCUUAAUUGAAAAAGUGCCCAUUUCUUUGGCAUUGCCAGCAAUUACAGUUUUUUCCUCUAUUUAUCUGAUGAACUCGUCAACUACCUGACAAAUACAUAUCAUUAAAUGGAUAAUGGACUCGGAUGAAUAAUGAAUGUGGUCUGUAGAAGUAUUGGAGGGAAGUACAGGGUAUUAUCCAUCUGACUACGUCCCUAUUUUUGAAGGAAAUAGUGGGUGGAGGUUGCACAUACCCCGAAGAGGGAGAUUGCGCUGUAAUGUGAGGUACACUGACAUCAGUAGCACACUUUCAUCCCACCGAGGAAAGUGAAUAACUCGGAUGUACUCUUCCAUUACAUCGGAAUAAAGUAAAAGUAUCGAUAUACUCGUGAUUGAGAGUGGAUACCAAGUGAGAUUUCCAUUUUUUUUUCCUCAAUCCAUCCAGUUGUGGCUGCAGAUCGAAAUAGACUUCACAUACUUCGUGGGAAAAUUCCUCUUUCAAGUUUUCCUCUGAAAUUUCGACAAAGACUCCACCGCAGAAUAAUGGAGACAGAGUCGAUAACUUUAGCCCCACCGACGAUUCGUGUUGCAUCGAUAGUCCACCCCAUCUCCAACGAGACAAUUUCCAUCGUAAUUCCACUGUCAGCCCAGUUGACAACGGUGGAACGUGUCCAGGAAUUUAAUGAUUCCGAGAGGGCAAUUGACAAAUCCGAGACAACUUCUGAUUCCCAGUCAGUUGAAGUCAGCCUGUGCCCGACAACUCCAGCAGUUGCACUGAAACCACACCUAGCAGCUGCUCUCCAAAAGGCAGACAAGACCAAAGGCUGUCCCUUUCCCAAUUGUUCACGAUACGGACGUGCCUUCUCGAGGGCUCACGACCUUAAACGUCAUAUUGCGAGACACGAGACGAGAAAGGAGAGACUGUGUGAACCCUCGCAGACAGAGAUUCGCACUUGUGGCCAGUGUGGAGAGAGUUUUAUCAAUGAUCUGGUUCUCCAGCGACACAUGAAAACUCAUGCUAAAGCCGGAAGUGGUGAGGAAGGAGCCAGUGGUGAAGUCAAGAGCUAUCCCUGCCAUUUGUGCAAGAAGAGGUACACGCAGUUCUGUAAACUCCAGGCACAUGUUUCCUCUCACGAUAAGAAAUCAUCAGCAAAUAUCUGCGCCCUGUGCGGUCAGCAAUGCGAAAAUGAGGAAAAACUGGAGACACACAUGAAGGAGCACACAACGAGUAUCCUCGAGGCCCAAGAGGCUCUAGAGUCCAAAGCGGAACCCACCCCAGUGAAAAUGGAAGAGGACGACGAUGAUGAUUUUCUCCUCGAGGAGAUGCUCCUUAUAAACAAAGGCCCUCGCCUCCCAGUGAAAUCCGAAUCAACAACGACUUCAGAUGGAAAAAUCCGGUGCGAUUACUGCGCGAAGACCUUCAAGACGAAGUGGACCCUGAGCUCUCACGUGGCUGCCCAUGAGGGCCGCUUUCAGUUCGGCUGCUCCAGAUGUGGAAAGAAGUUCGUCAGGAAGAGCCAUUACGAUGGGCAUGUGCGUUCACACGAAGCCGCGAGGCCCUACGUCUGUGAACAAUGUGGAAAAACAUUUAAGGAAUUAAAACAUCGUCGUGAACACACGAAGAGAAAACAUCCAAGCAAUCGAAAUGACGUGCAAAAUCUCCUGGACAGCAUCAGUGCUUACGUUGCUGAAGAGUCAUCGAUGGAGCAAACGAAAUUUACACUUCUCAUGCCUGUGAACUUUCCCGCAUAAGCAUUAAAUCCUCGAAUCG